AUGGGAGGUGUUGCCCGAAGGGAAAGACAAAUGAUAGGGUUCAGGGAGGCACUAGAUUUUUGUAGUUUUAGAAAUUUGGGUUAUGUUGGUUCACCUUUCACAUGGUGCAACAAUCAGUUUGACGGGGAAGUCAUAUGGAUUCGCUUGGAUAGAGGGGUGGCCACCCCUUCAUGGACAACCAUGUUCCCUACGGUUCGGGUUCACCAUAUUGCAGGUACCCUCUCUGAUCAUUCUCCUUUGUGGGUAUGCUCUGACGAUGAAAACUCCAGGUUUUAUAAGAAGCGUCGUCCCUUCCGUUUCGAAGCCAUGUGGAUGAAAGAUGAAAGCUGUGAAGGUGUGAUCACUAAUUCAUGGGAGGGGGUUUUUUUGGGAAACCCAAUGGAGAGAUUUGUCCGAAAAGUGGAGGCAUGUUGUUCCAACUUACAGACGUGGAAUAGAAUGUCUUUCGGCAAUGUUCGUCGACUCUUGCAGGAAAAAAAGAAACUCCUUGCCCAAGUAGAAGCUCUCUCAAUGGCUGGGGUGAACCACGACCAAGUGAGAAGACUCAGGAACGAAGUGGCUGACCUAAUGGCAAAAGAAGAAUGUAUGUGGAGUCAAAGGUCUCGUGUAAGUUGGCUGAAAGCAGGAGAUCAAAAUACCAGCUAUUUUCAUAGUAGAGCUAAUCAGCGGAAUCGCCGAAACUUCAUCUCAAAGCUUGUCCUGGAUAAUGGCACGGUGGUGGAGGAGGACAUGCAGAUUGGGAUAGCCAUGGUUGACUAUUUCAAGAAUCUCUUUACUUCAUCCAACCCCACCAACUUUGAACCGAUUCUACAAGGGAUUGAAGCAAAGGUCAACCGUCACAUGAAUGCUGAGCUGACAAAAGAAUACACGGCUUUGGAGGUAAAACAAGCCCUGAAACAAAUGUCAUCGAACACAAGCCCGGGACCAGACGGUAUGCCCCCUCUUUUCUAUAAAUCUUAUUGGAACACUGUUGGGCAGGAUGUAACAUCUGCAGCACUUUCUGUCCUAAACUCAGGCUGCGUGCCACCAAACAUUAACCAUACUUUCAUUGCGCUAAUUCCCAAAAUAAAAUCCCCUGAAAAAGCCAAAGACUUCCGCCCCAUUAGCCUAUGCAAUGUCAUCUACAAACUUAUAUCCAAGACCAUAGCAAACCGACUCAAAAAAAUCCUCCCAAAACUGGUCUCUGAAUCCCAAAGUGCUUUUAUGUCCGACAGACUCAUCUCAGACAAUAUUUUGGUGGCGUUUGAAACCCUACACCAUCUAAAAAAUAAAAGAAAGGGGAAAACAGGGUUUAUGGCCUUAAAACUAGACAUGAGCAAAGCAUAUGAUAAGGUGGAAUGGGCUUUCCUUGAAUCUCUGAUGGAAAAACUGGGCUUUGAUGGUCGGUGGAUAUCUCUUGUUAGCUCUUGUAUAAGAACUGUCUCUUUUUCUGUAAUGGUGAAUGGCGAACCACAUGGACACUUUCAACCUAAUAGGGGUCUCCGACAAGGGGACCCCUUGUCCCCUUACUUGUUUUUGUUAUGUGCAGAAGGGCUUCACUCCCUUAUUCAACAAGCUAAAACCGGUGGGGAGAUACAUGGUGUUUCUAUAAGCAAAGAUGGACCACGAGUUUCACACUUAUUCUUUGCCGAUGACUGCCUCCUAUUCAGCAAAGCCGGCCCGAAUGACUGCAAAGCAAUAUUGGAAGCUCUGAGCAAGUAUGAGCAGGCCACGGGACAACAAAUCAACAGAGAUAAAACCCAACUCUUCUUUAGCUCAAAUACCAGUCAUCAUAUGCAGGCUUAUAUAAAGGAGUUGUUGGGUGUGCCGACCAUAACCCAGUAUGAAAAAUAUCUGGGUCUUCCUUCCUUUGUAGGUAGAGCAAAGAAGCAGAGCUUUAUCUAUAUUCGUGAGAGAAUUUGGCACAAGAUUCAGGGAUGGAAAGAAAAACUCCUAUCCCAAGCUGGACGUGAAGUUUUGAUCAAAGUUGUUCUUCAGGCGAUGCCGACUUUCGCCAUGAAUUGCUUUAAACUUCCAAAGAGCCUUUGCAGGGAUAUAGAAUCUAUGAUACGUAAAUUCUGGUGGGGUUACAAGGGUGACACUAGAAAGAUUCACUGGCUUAGCUGGAAUAAUCUUUGUCUGCCAAAAUGUCAGGGGGGCUUGGGUUUUCGGGAUAUUGAGAAUUUUAACCUAGCUCUUCUUGGCAAGCAAGUCUGGAGGUUUCUACAUAACACUGACUCUCUAUGUUACAAAGUCUUCAAAGCAAAAUAUUUUCCCAAUGGCACCAUCAUGGAUGAUGAUGUUAAAACCAAAGGCUCCUAUGCGUGGCAAAGUAUUCUAAAGGCUAGAGGAGUUAUUCGUAUGGGCUCUACUUGGCGUAUUAGUGAUGGUAAGAAGGUGAUGAUACGAGGAGACAGUUGGCUGCCUCCCCCGUCAUCAGGUCGAGUCAUCUCGCCCUUGAACAGAUUCCCCACCAACGCCCACGUAUGCGCUCUUAUGGACGAGGAAGGCCACCACUGGUUGGAGGAGAGAGUGACUGAAGAGUUUCUACCCCAUGAAGCUAGAGCAAUCCUGUCCAUCCCACUAAGUCAACGUAGAGUGGAUGAUGUUCUCAUUUGGAAGGAGACAAACCAUGGGAAUUAUACCACAAAAAGUGCAUACAAGAUGCUUUGGAAGCAUGCCACUAUGUCAAAGCCAGGUCCCUCUGACCCAUCUGCCCAUUUAGCAUUUUGGAAGGAAAUCUGGAGUCUGAGAGUUCCUACUAAAGUUAGACAUUUUGUUUGGCGGGCUUGCACUGACUCUUUGCCAACAAAAAAAAGUUUAUUCACAAGGAAGGUCACCAGAAGUCCAACAUGUGACACGUGUAGGAGUGAAGUCGAAGACACGGUGCAUGCGUUGUGGGGCUGUCAGUCACUAAAAGAAAUUUGGUGGGAAGAAGAAACGUGUAGGAAGCACCUCCUAGAAAAGUUCGCUAGUUUCAAGGACCUUUUCCUGGGGAUGAAGCACCAUGAAAUUCCAAAUCUCGCUGAAUUGUUCGCCAUGAUAGCAUGGAGUAUAUGGAACAAGCGAAAUGAACGUAGGAUGGGUCAAGUCUAUCUGCCAAACUCCAGAAUCUUUAAUGAUGCAAUGGAGCGUCUGCAGGAAUAUCACUCUGUCCUAGAUGAACCUUUGUCCAACUCUAUGGGUCCCAUUCUUUCUGCCACUCAGUGGGUCCCACCUGAGAAUCCUUUAUUCAAAGUGAACUAUGACGGAGCAUUAUUCAGAGACACUUCCACGGCAGGUAUCGGUGCCGUGGUCAGGGACCAUGACGGCCAUCUUAUCGGCGCUCUCUCUGAACGAAUUCAACUACCUCCUUCAGUGGAAGAUGUUGAAGCCUUGGCUUGUCGGCGGGCUGUCACCUUUGCGGCAGAAAUCGGUCUUCGGGAGGUGGUUGUGGAGGGCGACUCGGAGGUGAUCUGGAAACACCUCACCUCGGACAAGUUAUGCAUGGCGGGCUUUGGGCAUAUUAUAGGAGACAUUCGGGCUGCUGCUUCAAACUUUAGUGUUUGCCUUUAUUCCCAUGUGCGUCGCAACGGCAACAGAGUAGCAGAUAAGUUAGCAAAAAAAGCUAGGCACCUUAUGACCCCACUUAUAUGGUUGGAGGACAUCCCAUGUGAUAUUUCUCCUUUGGUUUUGUAUGACAGAAGUUUACUGUCCAACUAA